AUGGCAACCCUCUCAGACCCAAACAAUGCCUCACGCGCAACCCCAAACAUCCCCGUCGAAAAGGCCUCCCUCCACAUCGGCAGCUCAACAUUCAUAACCGCCCCUUCCCCAAAAGUCUGGGCCGUCCUAACCGACACCUCAACCUGGCCAAGCUGGAACUCCUUCGUCCCCCACGUAACAAUCCGCUCCCAGCCAACUGAACCCACACCAACAACAUCUGCACAACCACCAUCCCAAUCCAAUGCCCCGACCACAAACUCCCUAUCUCCAAUUCUCCAAAAGGGAACAAGAUUCACCUUCCACGUCCGCAUGGACCCAACAUCCACAUCCGAGAAACCUCAGCCUGCAACAGACGUCCAUUUACUCAUAUCUGAGUUCAGUCCCCCGAAUCCGGAGACGGGCUCUGUGGGUCGGAUCGUGUGGACGGGGGAUUACGAUGCGCCGGGGACGAUGUCGCGGUCGUUGUUGAUGGCGGAGCGGGUUCAUGAGAUUAUGGAUGUGGAGGGCGGUACGGAAGUAAGGAAUUGGGAGGCGCAGGUUGGUUGGGUUGUUUUUAUGGUUAGGAUGAUGUAUGGGGUGAGGCUGCAGGCGAACUUUGAGCUGUGGGUUGCUGAUUUGAAGCGGUUCGUUGAAUCUGGGGAUGGUAAUUGA